GGCGGGACUGAUGUAUUAUCCGCUGUGUGAUUGGCUAAGUGGCGCAUGACGAUACACGGAAGUAUUUGCUCCUUGUGCUGUGUGCAUGAUUGAAUCUCCAACUCCAAAAUAUGGAACAAAAUAAUGUCGGGAACCUGGCCCAGGUCCAGCAUGUUGUAUUGGUCCUGUCAGGGAAAGGAGGUGUAGGCAAGAGCACCAUCACCACAGAGCUAGCACUGGCUCUUAGGCAUGCUGGCAAGAAGGUAGGCAUUCUAGACGUUGACCUGUGUGGGCCCAGUAUCCCCCGCAUGCUGAAUAUGGGCCGGCCUGCCGUGCACCAGUGUGACUCAGGAUGGGUGCCUGUCUACACCGAUGCCCAGAAGAACCUCGCCCUUAUGUCCAUCGGCUUCCUGCUGGAGGACCCAGAUGAAGCAGUGAUCUGGAGGGGGCCCAAGAAAACCGCUUUGAUUGGCCAGUUUGUGUCAGAUGUAGCAUGGGGAGAGCUGGACGUGCUGCUGGUGGACACGCCGCCAGGGACGUCUGAUGAGCAUUUGGCGGUACUGGAGAACCUUAAAAAACACAAAGUGGAUGGAGCCAUCUUGGUCACCACACCUCAGGCGGUAUCUACUGGGGAUGUGAGGAGAGAGAUUACCUUCUGUAAGAAGACAGGCGUACGGAUCCUUGGCAUCAUUGAGAACAUGAGUGGCUUUGUUUGUCCCCACUGCUCGGAAUGCAGCAAUAUAUUCUCAAAAGGUGGUGGUGAAGAGUUAGCCAAGCUGAGUGGAUCAGUAUUCCUAGGCUCUGUGCCCUUGGAUCCUCUGCUCAGCGCUAGUAUAGAGGAGGGCAAAGACUUCACACAGUCAUUUCCUGACAGCGCCACCUUCAGUGCCAUCAGCAGUAUUUCUCAGACUCUGCUCAGCAGCCUCCAAACAGCUUGAGCCAUAAAUUUAUUAGCUCAAUUCUGAAUUGUUCUCACAUUUUAGCACAUAGGCUCUGCAAAAUACAGUAUAAUGCAGAUAUUAGUCGUGUAAAUGUAGAGAUUUGUUGCAUUUGUCCUGUACAAUUAAUUAUAUUAAACACUUUAUCUUGUUUUA